AUGGCACUGUUUUCAGCAGCAGCAAGAGGAGACGUCCUGAAGAUACAAUCAUUAAUCGGCUCAGACGGCAAGUCAGAGGAUUCGGGAGGGGUUGAUGUAAACUGCUCGGAUAAGUCUGGCAAGACACUCCUUCACAUUGCUUCGGAAAACGGCCAUCUUGAAGCCGUCAAGUAUAUCGUGAACGAAGGAGCAGGCAUUGACAUUAGUGAUAAUGACGGGUUUACAGCUCUUCACAUAGCUUCAUUGGAGGGGCAUCGUGAUAUUGUCAAAUAUCUCGUUAGUAAAGGGGCAGACCUGGGGAGACUUGGUAAUGAUUACUGGACACCUCUACACCUUGCCUUAGACGGUGGCCAUCUUGAAAUCGCAGAGUACCUUUUGACAGAAGGAGCCAACAUUAACACGUGUGAUGAAGGUGGAUGUACACCUCUACAUACUGCAUCACAAACUGGUGAUAUUGAUGGAGUGAAAUAUCUCACCAGUCAUGGAGCGAAGCUGGAUAGGAGCACUGAAGAUGGCUGGACCGCACUUAGUUUGGCUUCAUUGGGGGGACACCUUGACAUUGUCAAAGUUCUCAUUAACGAAGGGGCACAGCUUGACAAAUGUGACGAAACCGACAGGACACCCUUGUAUUGGGCUUCUCAAAAGGGCCAUCUUCACGUCGUCGAGUAUAUCGUGAACAAAGGAGCAGGCGUUGAAAUUAGUGAUAAUGGUGGGUCUACAGCUCUUCACAUUGCAUCAUCUGAGGGUCAUCUUGCUAUUGUCAAAUACCUCGUUGGGAAAGGGGCACAGCUUGACAAACGUGACAAGAACGACAGGACACCCUUGUAUUGUGCUUCUCAAGUAGGCCAUCUUCACGUCGUCGAGUAUAUCGUGAACAAAGGAGCAGGCAUUGAAAUUAGUGAUAAAGACGGGUUUACAGCUCUUCACAUAGCUUCAUUGGAGGGGCAUCGUGAUAUUGUCAAAUAUCUCGUUAGUAAAGGGGCAGACCUGGGGAGACUUGGUAAUGAUUACUGGACACCUCUACACCUUGCCUUAGACGGUGGCCAUCUUGAAAUCGCAGAGUACCUUUUGACAGAAGGAGCCAACAUUAACACGUGUGAUGAAGGUGGAUGUACACCUCUACAUACUGCAUCACAAACUGGUGAUAUUGAUGGAGUGAAAUAUCUCACCAGUCAAGGAGCGAAGCUGGAUAGGAGCACUGAAGAUGGCUGGACCGCACUUAGUUUGGCUUCAUUGGGGGGACACCUUGACAUUGUCAAAGUUCUCAUUAACGAAGGGGCACAGCUUGACAAAUGUGACGAAACCGACAGGACACCCUUGUAUUGGGCUUCUCAAAAGGGCCAUCUUCACGUCGUCGAGUAUAUCGUGAACAAAGGAGCAGGCGUUGAAAUUAGUGAUAAUGGUGGGUCUACAGCUCUUCACAUUGCAUCAUCUGAGGGUCAUCUUGCUAUUGUCAAAUACCUCGUUGGGAAAGGGGCACAGCUUGACAAACGUGACAAGAACGACAGGACACCCUUGUAUUGUGCUUCUCAAGUAGGCCAUCUUCACGUCGUCGAGUAUAUCGUGAACAAAGGAGCAGGCAUUGAAAUUAGUGAUAAAGAUGGGUUAACAGCUCUUCACAUAGCAUCAUUCAAGGGUCACCUUGAUAUUGUCAAAUACCUUGACCACAAUGACUACCUUCGCAGUACUUUUGGUAGUGAGGCUUUCCCUAACUACAUGCCCCGCCCAUACUCCCGACCAUACGAUCCAUAUCUUACCAGUCCACAAGACAUCUCUCGCUCCUCGAGGAAGAGCAUUACAGAAGAGACAAUGACUAUAAAUCUCGACGAGUGCAGCAUCAAGGUUCCAAUGUCACCAGACGAUCCGGACAGAACCAAAUAUAUCACAGCAGAAGCAUUGACCACCAUUCCACCUGACUUAAACCUGGAAAAAGACGAAGUUAUCAUCUCAGUUGGGCUUAAGCUAUCCCCUCCUGGUCUUCAGUUUCAAACUCCGGUGGAAGUCAAGGUCUCGCAUAGCGCCAUUUUCACCAACCCAAACAAGGCAGAAAUUGUGCUAUACACCCGAAGGACUGGGUCUGAUGAAUUCUCAAGGAUAGUUCCUGCUCCUGACAAAGCUGCUCGGUGUGUAGUCGCAAAGAAUCACCUUACUCUGUACAUAGACCAUUUCUCGGAAUGGUGGAUUAUCUCCUUGAUCAGGAGAUACUUCAUCGGUAAGCGGCUCAUGUGUACGCCAUACGUUCCCCUGUCAACAUACAGAGACGUGUUGAACCGCAUCUACCUCGUCAUUAAAGACGACUUCUACGGCAUGCAAGAGGAUACCAUACGAGACUACAGGGUAGCCUUUCCUGGUGAGCAGUACUGUGUAUAUUGGGGAAAGGGAGCCCUAUUUGUCAGACAUUUGGAAAACGAAGAAGAGGUGUCAAACAAGGAACUUGAAGAAUGUGCUUUCUUUGACAUGACGACCCAUCGGAUGUCGUUCACUCUUCAGCCACGUGAAAGGAUAGUAUCCGGAGUUCUCGUCACUCUCAUCUUGAAGCAAAAAAUCACCAAGGAUAUCGGCUUUACAGUAUGGUACAAAGAUAGAAGUAGUCCUACUGAAGUCCUUACAAGACCUAGGCCGUUGACUCCGCCAUCGAUAGAGUUACCGUCAUGUGAACAUGCCUACCAAGUCACAGAUGACUUGGUAACAGAGACAGAGACAGUUGGUAAGGAGAUGAAAGAUAAAGCCGUGUUCUGGGUUCGGUAA